AUGGAGAUUAGUAGAGAAGAUAUCUAUAGUUGGUGUAGAAGUAAAGGGGUAGAUGUACAGAAAAGUGUGAGCAUUCUGGGAAAUUUUGUAGAUGUUACUGAAGAAGAUAUUAUAAGUGAAGUAAAGAAAAUGUAUGGAGUGAAACAACCACAUAUUAUAGAUAAAUGGAAAGGUGUUAGUGAGGAAACAUGUGCCAUUUUAAUCAGUAAUGACAAUCAGCUAGAUGCUUCGGUAAUCCCAGCUAAUAUUUUAAUAGAAAGGGUACCGGAUAGGAGAUGGCAAGUGAUGUGGCCUUUGGAUAAGUAUGCGGAUGAAGGAGAGAAGGCCAUAAUUAAAGAAGAUAGUAAAGUAGAGAGUACUAGUGCGGAGUGUUACCAUAAUAAUAGUAAUACCUCAGAAGAAGCGUCAAUGGGUGAUGAAAAAAUAGACCCUCAAGUUGAGAAUGUAAUGGAUAAAGUUGUAAGCCAUUUUGAAAGAUGGAAUUAUGGAGGGGGGUAUAGGAGACUAAGGAUAUUUUCAGGGGUAAUUCCCGUUCCAACUGGAGAAGAGAGUUAUGAUGUAUGGAGGGAGGCGGCAGUGCAACAUUCUGAAGAGUGGAGGUGUCCGGAGCAUAUUAAAAAGCAGAGAAUUGUAGAGAGCUUAAGGGGACCAGCUAUGGGGAUCAUUCAUGCCACGAGGAGAAGUAAUUCCCAUGCUACCCUAAAAGACUAUUUUGAGGCGCUGGACUAUUCUUUUGGUAUGAUAGAAGAUGUAGGAGACCUGCUGUCUCGAUUGAACCAGACCUAUCAAGAACCCAAUGAAACUCUCACCAGUUAUAUCUAUCGCUUAGACAAGAUUCUUUACAAACUGUUAGAUAAAGGAGGGAUUAAUCCCCCAGAAAUUGAUGCCAAGAGAUUGAAGUACAUUCUGAGAGAGGCUCUGACUACCAAUCCUGUAGCUCAAAGAUUACGGUGUAGUAUGUCUAGGGAUCCUCCUCUUACAUUAGGAGAAUUGAUAAGAGAGGUCAAAUUGGAAGAGGUGCAGAUUGAACACCGAGAGAAAAGUCUAAAACGAGUCAAAGUUAUUGUUCCUACACCUGAAGUUCCUUCCGUUAAUGAACAAUUGUUAAAAGUAUUAGAGGAGCAAAAUAAGAAAUUGGAUCAGUUAAUUUCUUUACAGAAUACAUCAUCUUCCAAUUCCCGGAUACCUCCUUCUGGCAGAGGGAGAGGAUUCAGUCGAAGACAAGAUAAUAGGAGUAAUUUCACUUGUUACCGAUGUGGACAGUUAGGACACCGUUCUUUUGAAUGUGUACAGAAUGAAGGUUCCCAAUUAAUCGCGAACAGUAUGGAGUCAAGGUCAGCAUCGAGGACGGAAAACGUGCAAGGGAUGCCGAUGAACCCCGCAUCGACUCCCAGAUUAUAA